AUGAGCGGCGGGCGUAGCGGGCGAUCCGCCGUGAAGAUGGAGGCGCCGUUUUACCCCGAGGAAGGACUGGAGCUGCUACCCGACUUCCCGGCGGGCGGCGGCGGGGCGACGGCGGCGGCCCGCGGCGGCCCGGAGGCCGCGCUGGGCUCGGCUGCGGAGCUACCGCUGCUUAAACUACCGCCGGCCGCCGACCUGGAGCAGCUGCUGAUCCAGGGGGCCGGCGGAGCCGCGGCGGCGGGGCCGUUUCUCUACCGGCAGCCAGUGACGCAGGAGCAGGAGGGUUUCGCCGACGGUUUCGUUAAGGCCCUGGCCGACCUGCACAAGCAAAACCAGCUCCUGGCGGCGCCGCCGCCGCCGCUCUCCACGCCGGGACCCUGCUGCACCGCCCGCCCGGGGCCGCCGGGAGCCCCCGCCGCCGCCGACCCGCCGGCCGUCUACACCAACUUGAGUGGCUUCAACCCCGCGGGGCCGCUGAGCCCCUCGGGCAGCGCCUACCCCGCCGCCUCCGCCCCGCCGCCGCCGCCGCCGCCGCCCGGUCGGCUGCCGCCGGCGCGGUCCCUGGAGGAGCCGCAGACGGUGCCCGAGGUGCCGCCGUCGGCGGGCGGGGAAGGCGGCAGCAGCGCGCCGACGCCGCCGUCGCUGUCGCCGCUGGACGCGGAGAGCCAGGAGCGGCUGAAGGCGGAGCGCAAGCGGCUGCGGAACCGCAUCGCCGCCUCCAAGUGCCGCCGGCGGAAGCUGGAGCGCAUCGCCCGGCUGGAGGAGAAGGUGAAGGCGCUCAAGGGGCAGAACGCCGAGCUGGCCGCCACCGCCAACCUCCUCCGCGCCCAGGUCACCCAGCUGCGCCGCGUCCGCAGCCACCUCUCCUCCGGCUGCCACAUCAACGCCGCCGGGCAUCCUCCCCCCGCCGCCGCCGCCGCCGCUCAGCCCCGGGAGGCGCCCCCCGAGGCGGCCGCCGCGCCGGAGACCAGCGCCUGCUGAGGAGGGACGCCCCGCCGCCAGCCGGCCCCAUCCCCGCCCGCCGCCGGGGCGGC